AAACAUUAAUGUUUAAAUAUUAAAAUUGAAGAUCUUAAAUUCAUAAGUUAUAAACUUAAAAGCUAGUUAAAAUAAGCAUCCAUCACAACAAUAGCACGGAAAUUAAGUUGUUUUAUUUCUGAACAUUUUUUUGGCAAUCAAACGGAGGAAAUCUGUGUUAAACUAAACAGGCAAUGGUUGUUAAAUUUAGUUCUUUAAAUUUAUAAUUUUUUUAACAUGUGAGUUGAUCCAUACUUUUUAAUUUGGUUUGGAAAUGGGGUAAGAUCAUGUUGGUUUAAAACAAUUGUUAACAUGUUAUGGUGGAAUAUAUUAUACCAAGGAUUAAACAAAUAGUUGUCAUUUAUUUCUUGCAAUGCAUUCACUGUUCAUGAAUAGUGACAUCAAAUUGAUAAGUUUGUAGCUACAUAGGAAAAAAGACUAAUAAGUAUUAUGCACAUAAGUAAUCAACCAAAACCUCAUUCCACAUCAACUAAUCAAUAGCUUGAACUGCAAAUAAAAAAUAAAAAAAAUUGAUUCGAAAACCUCUGUAACUAUUGUAAUUUUCAAUUUCUAACACAUUCUUUUGAUCAAUAUCAUUUGAAUCGGUGUAAUUUCAUCAAAUUCUAAUCCAUAUGAUCACUUGUGUGCCUAAAAACUGAUCGACUCUUGACAGCAGUACAAAAAAAAAGGAAAAUUUUGAAAUAGGUCCAAUUUUUAGUGACUUUUGAUUUUUGAAAUAGAUCCAAUUUUUAGUUACUUUGGACCCAUAUCAAAAAACCCCAAAAAAAAUACUUGUAAAAAUGAAGUUGUGUGCCUAAGGCAGAAGAACUUUACCUUAGGAAUUUUCGCAACUCAGCUCAACCAUUUUACCCACCCUAAAAAUACUUCAAAUCCGAUCCACCUGCUAAAACACACCCAAAAAAAAAAAAUAGCAAACUAAUGAACUUAAUUAUAUAUGCCAAAUUGGAUAAAUGAUGCAUGUGAUCAUAGGCUAUUCAAAAGAUAGUCCUUGUGCUAAAAAAAACUCGGAUUUAAACUCUUAUAAUAUACUCUGUUAACAAAUUUAGUCUAGAAAUUAUUUUUCCGUUAACUAUCUGUUAAAAAGGUGAUUUUUUAGGCUCUCUGUCCUAAAAUAGUAAAAGAGAGAAAACAACAGACUCGGAGAUGGAUAUGGGCAUGAGCUCAACCUUUUCUCUCUCCCUUAUUCUUUUUAUGUAAUGACCAAAGCUUUUCUUUUCUUCUUCUCCGAAGAAGAUGGCUCUGCAAGAAGAACCCCAAGAGCUCCAAAACCCUCCAAUGGCAUUCAAUCCUUUAUUAUUCUACGAAGAAGGAUUUGAGGAAGAUUUGGGAGACAAUGGUAGCGAGGAGGAGAGCAAGAACUGUGAUGGGUUUUCAAAAAAGCAAUCUUUCCCUUUGAUUUUCCUAGAAAGUGAUAUGUUCUGGGAAAAUGAUGAACUUUCCUCUCUAAUCUCCAAAGAGGAACAAACCCAUGUGUGUUUCAAUGGAGAAAUCUCAGAUGGGUCUUUGAUGGCGGCUCGGAAGGAGGUGGUUGAGUGGAUUCUAAGUGUAAAGGCACACUAUGGCUUCUCUUCUUUGACCGUCAUUCUGGCUGUGAACUACUUUGAUAGGUUCAUUGCCAGCCGGCUGUUUCAAAGGGACAAGCCGUGGAUAAGUCAGCUAGUCGUCGUCGCCUGCUUCUUUUUGGCCGCCAAAGUGGAAGAGACCCAUGUGCCCCUUCUCUUAAAUUUGCAAGCAUGUGUAAAUUUCCAUUUGUAAUUUGUGUUUGUGAAAUUGUUGUACUGUUGUGUUUAUUGGAUUUCUCAUGAUUGUGAUUAGGUGGAGGAAACAAAGUAUGUUUUCGGAAUGUAGCUUUUGGUGCUAUCAACUCUCGGGUGGCAGAUGAAUCUAGUGACCCCAAAUUCAUACUUUGAUAACGGAAAAAUCACUUUUGGACUAAAUUUGUUUUGGAUUAAAUUUGUUAACGGAGUAUAUCACAAGAGUUUAAAUCCGAGGUUUUUUAGCACAAGAAUUAUUUUCCGAAUACCUUAUGAUGACAAGGAUCAUUUAUCCGAUUUGGCCAAUUAUAUAUGAUCAUUUCACCACAUAUUUCAAAUUAAUUGGUGAAAAAAUUAAUUAAUUAAAAUGAGUUAAAAAAGAAACAGUAAAAACCAAAUAUAAUUGUGAUUGUCCAUUUUCUGGUCCCUGGGCUUUCCACUUGGAGUUCAAGAUGGCACGAAACCACUAAAAAAAAAAAAAAACUAUUCAAUUUCUGAGUCCAGAGAACAAAACCAAGUAAACACCGCCACCUGCAACAGAAAUAACACAGUAAAA